AUGGGCCGGCAGGCUUACUUGAACCGUCUCGCUUUGGGGCGGUCACCAUAUGAACCUCCAGAGACUACCACGACAGAUCCUUCCAGUACACCGCGAAGGGUGUCCAGUGUCUGGGCUGAUGGCUAUGUACAGCAGUAUGACGCUCGGGGUCACCCAAUCAACCCAGAAUCCAAGGCUCUUGGACGAGAACUUCGAAGAGCAAAAAAUGAUAUUCUUUCUACCAUGGGGAUAGUCGUCAGUGGCGAGGACCGCAACACUAGCCCUUCUGAUGAGCAGCAAAAGAUCAACCAGAUCGCCGCUGAGAACGAUUUCGGACUGGUGAUCACGACGCUUGAUCAGCUUUUUGUGUUUUUCGGCACUUGGUGGUCCUCAUCUUUGACUGGAAGAGUUCAGACAUACAGACAUUACACACACGCUGCCCUGCUUGAUGUGAUUCAAUCAGAACGUGGGGCCACAGGCGUUCUCGGCUUUUACUUUGCUGGUAUUCCUGCAUGGGCAGUAUCGAGCGGGCUAGCCAUUGCCAGAGACAAUCCACUGAAGCGUGUAUUUGCUCUGGCUCGGGACUAUGUUCUAGACUUCACAGGCAAUGAUAAGCUCUCACUCGGAGUUCGAUCACUUUUCAUACUCACAUUCUCGGCAGUGAGGAGCUCAGUACUCCUUCUUUCUGUCGAGGCCUACAUGUAUUCCCUGCUCCAGUCUCUGGCCCUAAUACCUUCAAACUCGAUACCCAACGCUCGACUUUUGAUUCCAUUUGGCGAGCAGUCUUUGUUUCAACUGCCGCCGCUGCCUACGGAUUUUUCAAUCCUAUCAAUCGGCGGAUUUGUUUUACGACUCUUGGCUUCCCCCGGAGUAUUGACAUUCCUACAUGCUUUCUAUCUACGCCCCAAUCUCGAAGAACGAAUUUAUCGACUGAUCCGUCGCCAACUACCUAAGCCCAUGCUAGCUGACGAGCUUUCAAUUCGAGUUGCCUAUGAUGAGAACCUCAUCGAUUGGGUGGUUCCUACUUUAGGCCGUCGUUCAGAGGAAGAGACCCGCCGCGCGAGGCUUCCAUUACUUGAAGAUAUCAAGUGCGAACUAUCUGUUUUCAAAGGGUGGAUAUUCUCCGUUUUUGGUCUUCUUUCAAAACCUGUCUCGGAGCAGCAAGCUCCAGAUACUUUGAAUCAGGAGAGAAUACAGAACUUGCGAAACUCAAUCGAGUCCUUGCAGCACGAGCUUGAAGAAGUUCAGCUUCGGAAUAAUAUUGCCGGAGACACACCGGAAGCUGCUCUCAGCAGACUCUCUGGUGCUCUUGCUCGCACGACUACGGUUGAUGUGACGCGCCUUGAUCUGCCAACGAUCGCAGAGGACGAUCAAGUGACCGAGGCAGAGUUAGAUCUGGGCAUGAAUCAAGUCCUCACAAACGAGAAUCGGAUCUCACAAUCUCCCGGGGAGAUGAGUAGCGAUUACUUCUCUGAAAUGGCAACGCUUGGCCGGACAAGCGCACCAUCCCCAAGCUCUGUAUCGCGAAGCUCACCAAGCAAUGCACAAUUGGUUGAUAGUCCGAGUAGCAUGGGACGAGACCGGCACAGCUCUCGUGCGAACACACUGUUUUCUCGUCCAUCGUCUCCUGAGACAUCACCGCCCACUUCGCCACGGGUUAGGGCCUCAUUGAUUCAUCAAAGCUCCGACAUUAUUACAAUGCAGCUGGAACUUCUAGGAAACCGGAAUCGUAAUGCUCAAAACCAGACAUCGAACCGCAAUUCGCCCCUUCCAAGAAUAGGCCGUGGGACCACAGGGCUGCGCCCUCCUUCAAAUGGAACGGACCGACGAUCAAUUGCUGACUUCCUUCAAGCGCUGAUCUUGAGCCAAGCCCAGCAGGGUGCUUCACAAUCCCCGCUGCCAACAGAGCACGAUACACUAUCUAACACAAAUGCAGUGGGAGGCAGCACAGCCUCUCAGGAGAUACCUGCUGUCGGACCUACCUCCCAGCGACCAACCCAACAGAGCAGUGCCUCAAAUCAGCCUUCUUCUGGCCUUUCCCGGGAGGCCCCGGCUUCAAAUAUUCCCAACAUACUCCCUGAUGGUGUUGAAGAACCGACCGAGGACGAAAUAGAUGGGCAACCAUCAGCGGUUGUCAGAAGGACACAAAAUGCGGAAACUCGACCAAACAUGGGUGACCAACUUCCACCAAUUGGCUCUCGCAUCCCAAGGCAAGCAUUCACAAGUAAUAUCUCUGGCGCCCAUCGAGUGACCCUUCUAUCUUCCCACCCUGUGGACUCACUCGCGUCCCACCUUGCCGCUCUCAUUAGCACCAUUAUUCUGUCCCCAAUCGAAUCUCUCUGCCUCCGAUCAUUGGCGCACUCUUAUCUAGCCUUGCAUCCCUCCGCAACAACCGGAGCAUCGGAUCUCUACCCUGUCGGCCUAUGGUUUGGUGGAAACACAUGGCCCGAGGUGCUGGCAUACAGCGGCAAAAUUAUUCUCAUGCGAGGCAUGCAGGCGGCCUUGAGAGCAGGUGUUUGGGGGUUCUUGGUCGGCUCAACGAUGAGAAUAGGACGCAAAUUUUGUGGCUGGGGAAAUUUGUGA